GUGUCACGUCUUGCGGUUGAAAUUGUAGCCUUUUCCUCGUAGCAUGAUUUCGAUGGAUGGACGAAUUAGUGGAAGUAUUAUAAUAAUUUUUUCUUGUUUUGAGUCAUAACCGUUUAAUAAAUCCAAUUAUCUACCCAAACCUUGUAUCUAGUCAGUGACACAGGUCAAUAUGUUACUAGUGCAUAUUUAGUAUUUAGUAAUCUGUGCUCCUCGGUGCUGUUCCCGUUAUUAGCAUUAAGUUGCAUAUCUGCAGUUAGCAAUGCGUGAUGAUUAUGUCUAGGUGAGAGGUGAUUGACGUGGACAGUUUUAUGCCUACAGGGAAUCAUUUUGUGGACAAGUAAACUUAUAGAUGUGGGAUAUCCACGAUGAUGCAAGGUGAUGAUGCAGUUCCAAAUUCCAAAGGGAAUGUUGUAUCUCAAGCUUGGAAACGGCUACAGCAGAUCUACCAGAAGUUUCUGGAUGAUAUUACACCAUAUGCAUUGACAAGGUGGUUAUUUGCAGCUGUUCUAAUAAUAGCUUUCUUAGCAAGAGUUUUUCUGCUACAGGGAUGGUAUAUCAUUACAUAUGCGUUGGGAAUUUACCACUUAAAUCUAUUCAUAGCAUUCAUUACACCCAAGGUAGAUCCUGCAGAUGAAUAUGAAGAUGAAGGUCCACAGCUACCCACAAGGGCAAACGAAGAAUUCCGACCAUUCAUCCGCCGACUUCCUGAGUUCAAGUUUUGGCAUUCAGUGACAAGAUCAUCAGUGUUUGGAAUAAUAUGCACAUUCUUUAAUUGCUUCAACAUUCCUGUGUUUUGGCCCAUCCUUGUUGUGUAUUUCAUAACCCUCCUCUGUAUUACCAUGAGGAAACAAAUUCAGCAUAUGAUCAGGUAUCGGUACCUUCCAUUCUCAUAUGGGAAACCAAAGUACCAGGGGCAUGAAGACUCUGGCAAGUCGGAAAAUGUUUCGUUGGUGCCCGGAGCAGUAAGAGAAGAGUGAAGCAUUCUUAAUCUUCUAAAUAUCGUUAUGAUGAGGUAAUCAUUGUUCACAGAGUUCAGCACUAGGUUAUUUGUAAUUAUUUAACUCAUAAUUAAAAUAUCUAACAUGCAUUUUCUAGAUAUUGUAUUUUAGCAGCCAUAACCUCUGUUAUAAUUAUUUUGACAAAAAUAAACAUAAUAUGGCCUGUA